AUGAGGGUUUCUCAGAUCGUUGCCAUGUUCGGCCUCGUCGCCGUCGGCGUUGCCCAGCAGCUGCCCCCAUCUCCCACCGCCUCGGUCGACUGCGAACCUCAUGGUGACCACUGGCACUGUCGUGGCCCCCGCACCACUGUUCCGGGACAGUCCGUGACCGCCAACCCCAGCGGGGUGACCACUAGACCUCCUGCUGCUGCGAGCGCGACUGCAACCUCCAGCCGCCACCAUGACCAUGACCAUGACGACGACGACGACGACGACCAUGACGACGAUCACGAUGAUGAUGACCACCAUAGCGGCACCCGAACGCUCCCGCCGUCGCCCACCGCGUCUGUCGGCUGCCAGCCCCACGGCGACCACUGGCACUGCACCGGCCCCAAGACCGGCAGCGCCGCCACUGUUGCCAGCACCGCCACCGGCACCGGCGCCGCCGCUGGCACCACCACCCCGAGGCCUUCUGGCAGCGCUGCCUCCUCGACCCCAACCCCGGCUGGCGCUGCCCGUGCUGGUUUCAAUGCGGUGGCCCUCGCUGCUGCCGGCGCGGUCCUGAUUCUCUAA